CAGAACUUUUCACUCCAGUGCAGCGACUUUUAUCACACAAUCCCCCAUUUAGAGAGAAGACGCCUCCUGCCACUCUGGAUUUUUCAAUCUUUGAUUCAUUUCUGUUGGAAUAAACUAAAACUCGCCACGACUGCACCAUCUGGGAACUUUUGGGAUUUUUUUUUUUUCCUUAGGGGGAGAAGGAAGCUUUGGAUUUAAUUUGACCGGGGAGGAAAAAAGAAGAAGAGCAGGGCUGAAGCCUGCGGGGGCUGACUUGAGGUGCCGCGAUGGGAAACCGGGGGAUGGAAGACCUGAUUCCCCUCAUCAACAAGCUGCAGGACGCCUUCAGCUCCAUCGGCCAGAGCUGCAACCUGGACCUGCCGCAGAUAGCGGUGGUCGGCGGCCAGAGCGCAGGGAAGAGCUCCGUGCUGGAGAACUUCGUGGGGAGAGACUUCUUGCCCAGAGGAUCCGGCAUCGUCACACGUCGGCCUCUCAUCCUGCAGCUGGUAAACAGCAAAGCGGAGUAUGCAGAGUUCCUGCACUGUAAGGGACGCAAGUUUGUGGAUUUCGAUGAAGUCCGGCUGGAGAUCGAGGCAGAAACCGACCGGAUAACUGGAUCCAACAAGGGCAUCUCUCCAAUUCCUAUCAACCUCCGGGUCUACUCUCCUCAUGUGCUCAACCUGACGCUGAUCGAUCUGCCGGGAAUGACCAAAGUGGCCGUGGGCGACCAGCCGGUCGACAUCGAGCAUCAGAUCAGAGACAUGCUGCUGCAGUUCAUCACCAAGGAGAGCUGCCUGAUCCUGGCCGUCACUCCGGCCAACACCGACCUGGCCAACUCCGACGCCCUGAAGAUCGCCAAGGAGGUGGAUCCCCAGGGGCUGCGCACCAUCGGCGUGAUCACCAAGCUGGACCUGAUGGAUGAGGGGACUGAUGCGAGAGACAUCCUGGAAAACAAACUGCUGCCCCUGCGCCGAGGAUACAUCGGGGUGGUGAACCGCAGUCAGAAAGACAUCGAUGGGAAGAAAGACAUCCGCGCUGCUUUGGCUGCAGAGAGGAAGUUCUUCCUCUCCCAUCCUGCUUACAGACACAUAGCAGAACGCAUGGGCACGCCACACCUGCAGAAAACCCUCAACCAGCAACUCACCAACCACAUCCGCGACACGUUGCCAGGGUUACGCAACAAGCUGCAGAGCCAGCUGCUGUCCCUGGAGAAGGAGGUGGAGGAGUACAAGAACUUCCGCCCUGACGAUCCCGCUCGCAAGACCAAGGCCUUGCUUCAGAUGGUGCAGCAGUUCGGUGUGGACUUUGAGAAGUGCAUCGAGGGCUCCGGAGACCAGGUGGACACCUCCAACCUGUCCGGUGGAGCCAAGAUCAACCGCAUCUUUCACGAGCGCUUCCCGUUCGAGCUGGUGAAGAUGGAGUUCGACGAGAAGGAGCUCAGGAAGGAGAUCAGCUACGCCAUCAAGAACAUCCACGGAGUCAGGACAGGCCUGUUCACCCCAGACAUGGCCUUCGAGGCUAUAGUGAAAAAGCAGGUCAUUAAGCUGAAAGACCCGUGUCUGAAAUGCGUUGACCUCGUCGUCACCGAGCUCGUGACCCUGAUCAGGAAGUGCACUGAAAAGCUCGGUUCGUAUCCUCGGCUGAGAGAAGAGACGGAGAGAAUCGUCACCACCUACGUCAGAGAGAGAGACAGCAAGACCAAAGACCAGGUGUUGCUGCUGAUUGACAUCGAGCUCUCCUACAUCAACACCAACCACGAGGACUUCAUAGGAUUCGCCAACGCCCAGCAAAGAACUGCCGCCAACGCCACCAAGAAGAGGGUCAUGCCCAAUCAGGGAGAGAUUCUUGUCAUCCGCAGAGGCUGGCUCACCAUCAACAUCAGCAUCAUGAAGGGGGGAUCCAAGGACUACUGGUUCGUCCUGACCGCCGAGUCGCUCUCCUGGUACAAAGACGAGGAGGAGAAAGAGAAGAAGUACAUGCUGCCGCUGGACAACCUGAAGCUCAGGGAUCUGGAGAAGGGCUUCAUGUCCAGCAAGCACGUCUUCGCCAUCUUCAACACGGAACAGAGGAAUGUGUACAAAGACCUGCGUCAGAUCGAACUGGCCUGUGACACUCAGGAGGAUGUGGACAGCUGGAAGGCCUCCUUCCUCAGGGCCGGCGUUUAUCCAGAGAAAGACCAGGGUGAGAACGAAGACGCCAUGAAUCCGAGCGACACGGUGUCGAUGGACCCCCAGCUGGAGCGACAGGUGGAGACCAUCCGCAACCUCGUGGACUCGUACAUCGGAAUCGUCAACAAGACCAUCAGAGACCUCAUGCCCAAGACCAUCAUGCACCUCAUGAUCAACAGCGCGAAGGACUUCAUCCACUCGGAGCUGCUGGCCUACCUGUACUCGGCCGGCGAUCAGGGCAGCCUGAUGGAGGAGUCGGCGGAGCAGGCUCAGAGGAGAGACGAGAUGCUGAAGAUGUACCACGCCCUGAAAGAGGCGCUGGUCAUCAUCGGGGACAUCAGCACCACCACCAUCUCCACCCCCAUGCCUCCGCCCGUAGACGACACAUGGCUAGCCAAAGAACCCAGCCCUCCGCCAUCGUCCCGUCCCGCCACCUCAACGGCGCCCCCUCCCAGCCGACCCCCGGCAGUCCGAGGGCCCACGCCCGGCCCCCCUCCCCCGCUCAACCCCUCGCCGGCGUUCGGCGCCCCGCCCGUGCCGUCGCGGCCCGGACCGCCGCCGGACUCCUCGGCCGUGCCGCUCAUCCCGUCGAGGCCGGCCCGCGUGCCGCCGGCCCUGCCCCCGGGGAUUCCCAGCAGAAGACCCCCGGCUGCUCCCAACAGGCCCACUGUCAUUCGUCCUUCAGAGCCCUCCCUGCUUGACUAGAAAAAAAAAAACCACACACACACACACACACACACACACACAUCUUUGUUUUCGUUGGUUUUGCAGACUGUGUUUACACUCACAUGUUGAUCCCCAGUAGAAAUAGUCACUAAAAUCUUUGAUUUCCCUGGAACUGCAGACUACUGUAAGUGGUAAUCUGAUGCUGUUUCAGUCUGUGCAUUUCAGAAACAUUUUGUAUGUAAUUGUGGUUGUAUGUGUAGAUAGCUUUUCUCUUUUACUUUUUAACAAUAUGAUACAUUCAUUUUUUGCAUCAUUGCUACAAAAAGGGAUAAAUUUGAUGAAGUUAGUCAAUUAUAGGCGAUGUACCAGUCGGUAUCUUUCAUUGUUCUUAUUUCAUUUGAAAUGAAAUACGUCUUAAACCAAUAUAUAGCAUAACUUUUUAUAUUAUGGUAAAGAAAAACAAACACAUUUUAGAAGUAAUAUUCCUGAAUUGUAUCCUCGCUAAUGUUGCUAUUUUCACACACUAAGCACCUCAAUAUGUAAGCAGCACUUUUUUUUUCUGUUUUUACGAAAUCCUCAAAAUUUUCUCAGCUUCUCCAAGUUAACUGAAUGUUAUAUGCUUCAGUAUUUUGUAUGCUUCAGUAUCUUUGGCGUAUUACUAAGAAUGUUUAAUGUAUGCGGUAGUUCUGUUUAGUGUUUGCAUUUUGUGGACCAGUCAAAGUAAGUCGUGCUGCAGCAGUGUGUCGUCUUCUGGUAGGAUGAUACUGAAGCGUUCUGCAGCAUAGUAACAAAAAAAAA